AUGUGGCCUCUACGGAACCAGGACUCCUCGAUCUGGAUCAUGACAGAGUUGGAGAAGUUCUGGUCUCAGAACUACAAAGAGCCACAGGAGGAGCUUUCUGGUUCUGGACCAUCCUUGUCUCAUUCCCGGUCCCUAUCCUGGUCCUGGUCUGGUGGUUCAGCUGUGCUGACAGAAAAAACAAGGCUGCUGAGUAAGAACAGGAAGGGGCAGGGCUAUGGCCUCUUGGUCCUGCGUGCUUUGUGGCAGAGUGUCGGGACGUACUUCCUGUGUGGGACGCUGUGUCUCCUUCUGCAUGAGACCUUCAUGUUUGCCGUCCCUCAGGUGCUCAGCUUGCUGCUGGCAUUCAUGCGAGACAAAGACGCUGAGAUGUGGAAAGGUUUCAUGUUUGCCUCGCUGCUCUUCCUGCUGUCCUGUCUGCAGUCUCUCCUCCAUCAUCAGUACAUGUUCCACUGCUUCACUGUAGGGAUGAGACUGAAGACGGCCAUCAUGGGACUCGUCUACAGGAAGAGUCUGCUGAUCAGCAGUGCAGCUCGGCGGCGCUGUACUUUGGGAGAGAUCAUUAACCUGGUUUCGGCCGACACUCAGAAGCUGAUGGACUUUGUGGUUUAUUUCAACUGUCUCUGGAUCGCUCCCAUCGAGAUCGCACUCUGCUUCUACUUCCUGUGGCAGGAGGUUCAGAUGAAGUUCAUGGACGGUCGGAUCAAACUGAUGAAUGAAAUCCUGAGCGGUGUGAAGAUCCUGAAGUUUUAUGCCUGGGAAGAAGCUUUCCUUCGACGUGUUUGCAUUCUGAGAGACGGAGAACUCAACGCCCUGAAGAAAUCUCAGAUCCUCUACUCUGUCUCUCUGGCUUCCUUUAACUCCACCUCCUUCCUGGUUGCCUUUUCAGUGUUUGGAGUUUAUGUGCUGAUCGAUGAGCAAAACGUUCUGGAUGCUCAGAAGAUUUUUGUUUCUGUUGCUCUCAUCAACAUCCUGAAAACUCCUCUGAGUCAGCUCCCCUUCGCCAUGAGCACCACCAUGCAGGCCAUCAUCUCUCUAAGACGUCUGAGAAACUUCCUGUGCCAAGACGAGAUGAAGCCCGACAACGUGGACAGACUCCCUCACAGCAGAGAUGGAGACGCUGUGGUGAUUGAGGGCGGGUACUUCUCCUGGACCAGUGGUGGGCCGCCAUGUCUGCAGAGGAUCAACAUGAAGGUGAAGACGGGCUCCCUGGUGGCGGUUGUCGGCCAUGUUGGCUCAGGGAAGUCAUCUCUGCUAUCAGUCAUUUUGGGAGAGAUGGAGAGGAGGUGUGGCUUCGUCUCCAUCAAGGGUUCAGUGGCCUACGUCCCCCAGCAAGCUUGGAUCCAGAACGCCUCUCUGAAGGACAACAUUUUGUUUUGUGGAGAGAGGAAGGAGAGCUGGUACCAUUGUGUGCUGGAAGCCUGCGCUCUGCUACCGGACCUGGACAUCCUGCCCGCUAGAGACAGCACUGAGAUUGGGGAGAAGGGUCUGAAUCUGUCCGGAGGUCAGAAGCAGAGGGUUAGUCUAGCUCGGGCCGUCUACAGGAAGUCCGAUGUUUACCUGCUGGAUGACCCGCUGUCGGCCGUUGAUGCUCACGUGGGACAACACAUCUUUGAUCGAGUCAUUGGACCCAGAGGACUCCUUAAAGACAAGACGAGAGUGCUGGUAACGCACGGCCUGAGCUUCCUGUCUAAAGCAGACCUGGUCCUGGUGAUGGAGAAUGGUCACAUCUCUGAGAUGGGCUCCUACAUGGAACUGAUGGACAGGAAGGGAGCCUUUGCCAAAUUCAUCCGCACCUUCAGUGGAAACCAGUUCAGAGAGAGCUCCACCCCCAGAGGCAGCAGGAAGUCGGUGUCUCGCCUCAGUAUGACUGAUUUCUCCAUCGAUCUUUCUCAGGAGCAGCUGAUCAGCUGUGAUAUGAGCAGUGCCAGUGUUCAGAUGAUGGAAGCUGUUGAUCAAGUCUUUUGUGCUGAGGAUGCUGGGAAACUUACAGAGGCUGACAAAGCUCAUAUAGGGAGAGUCAAGCUGCAGAUGUAUAGAGAGUACUUCAGGACCGUCGGGUUGACCUUCAUUAUGACCAUCAUCUUCUUCUGUGCCUUCCAGCAGGCCGCCUCGUUGGCCUACAGCUAUUGGCUGAGCCUGUGGGCCGAUGACCCGCCCGUCAAUGGCACGCAGAGCGACCACGAGCUGAAGCUGAGCGUGUUUGCAGCUCUGGGCUUCACGCAGGGGAUGGCCAUGUUCGGGACGACCCUUGCCAUCGCUCUGGGAGGUAUUGUAGCAUCGCGUCACCUUCACGCCGAUCUCCUCCACAGUGUCCUGCACUCAACCAUGACCUUCUUUGAGGUCACGCCCAGCGGAAACCUUCUGAAUCGCUUCUCCAAAGAGAUCGAUGCAAUCGACUGCAUGAUUCCUGAUGGGCUAAAGAUGAUGCUGGGCUACCUGUUCAAGCUGCUGGAGAUCUGCAUCAUUUUGUUGCUGGCCACACCCUUCACAGGGCUGGUGCUCCUCCCCCUCACCUGUGUUUACGGCUUCAUACAGAGUUUCUAUGUGGCUGCGUCGUGUCAGCUGCGACGGCUGGAGGCGGUGAGUCGCUCGCCUAUCUACAGCCAUUUUAAUGAGACGGUGCAGGGCGCCAGCGUCAUCCGAGCCUUCUGUGAACAGCGACACUUCAUCCUGCAGGCCAACCGCCGCAUUGACAACAAUCAGGAAGCUUAUUUCCCUCGCUUCGUCGCCACCAGAUGGCUGGCAGUGAACCUGGAGUUUUUGGGGAAUCUGUUGGUUUUGGCUGCAGCCGUCCUCUGUGUGCGAGGUCGGGGUGAACUCAGCCCGGGCAUCGUGGGAUUGGCAUUGUCACAGUCUCUCCAGGUGACGGGAAUCCUGAGCUGGAUUGUUCGAUCCUGGACUGAUGUGGAGAACAACAUUGUGUCGGUGGAGAGAGUCAAAGAGUACGACAGCACUCCUAAAGAGGCAGCGUGGACCCUCGAGGGCAGCUGGUUGCCGGCAGCCUGGCCGACCACAGGAAACAUCCAGUUUGAAGACUACGGACUGCAGUACCGUAAAGGUCUGGACUGGGCUUUAAACCACAUCUGCAUCAACAUCCAGGACAGAGAAAAGGUGGGGAUCGUUGGAAGGACGGGAGCUGGGAAGUCCUCUCUGGCUCUGGGGAUCUUCCGGAUUCUGGAGGCAGCGAAGGGACGGAUCUUUAUUGACGGGAUCGACAUCGCUCAGAUCGGCCUGCAUGAUCUCCGCUCCAGGAUCACCAUCAUUCCUCAGGACCCGGUGCUGUUUUCUGGUUCUCUGAGGUUGAACCUGGACCCCUUUGAAACCUGCUCAGAUGAGGAUCUAUGGAAAGCUCUGGAACUGGCUCAUCUCAGCAGCUUCGUAUCUGCACUACCACAGAAACUGAACCAUCAGUGCUGUGAAGGAGGAGAGAACCUCAG